CCGCGGCCGCCACGUCGAGCUCUCACGUCGCACCAUCGGCACAGCCGUACUACUACCGUACCACGACGAACCCUCGUGGCGCGGCAAAUCCAGCUCGCGCUACUACUCACAGUCGAGGGACUCACCCGGCCGCCGCCACUUGGAUCGUCACCGCUUGGACGUUCGCGAACACGAAUCCUCCUCCACGAAUAUCUCUCGAAGCCUUCGAGUCAACCUUAUCACCCGCUUUGUUCUCUCUCGCUUUUGACCAUCCGAAGCGCUCGGCGAAUCGCGCGAGUCGGGGGAAAAUGUUCGGCGACUAGAGGGAGUUUGGAGAGAGAUGCACCUGAAGCACCCUAUUUUCAAUUCUGCAAGGUGACAAACCCCCGAGAAGAAAAAAAGAUAUAAAUAUGCCGGUCGGCGGGCGGGUCGCUGGUAAAGUCGGCAUCUAUAGCUCCCACUACAAUGGUAACGUGGGUGUGGAUAUCAUUCUAUUAGGAAAGGGCUACAGCGGCAUAAACGAAGAGAUCAUCUGGAUCAGCGUAGGGAUGGGGAUCACCAUAGCAAUAUUGAUCACCAUAGCGCUGUGCUAUAUCGCUCGCGAAAAAUGUCGCAAACGACACGAGGGCUAUGUGUCCUGACGUAUGUUCCCACCACCCUCGUGGGCGUCCUGGUCGUUUACCCCGACGACGCCAGGAAUUCUUUUCAGUCCGACCACAUCGAGAGGCAAACCGCGGGCUUAUUACAUUACCGUCUAAAAAUUCACUCGUCUCGCGACUUCGUGACCUUUUUCUGUCCCCGCGCGAGGAAGAGCCGCGUGUGUACGAGGAGGUUUGCUGCGCGCGCGCAAAAUAAAAUAAAAAUAAAAAAAAAAAGAAAGUAUAAAGAGCAAGAAAAUUGAAUUGUAAGGAAGCGCAAAGCGUAUUGCGUCCCGAUAUGAAAAAUGGAUAAUUUAAAGAAAACAAUUUGUUUUUUUCUUUCAACUGAAAAAGUGUAACAACAGCAUUCACUCGGGAUGGUUAAAACACACGAGAAAAAUGUUUGAUAUCGCGCGUGUGUAUCACUGAAACUUGGAAUAAAAACGAAUAAACGACAAGAAACUCGCAAUUUAUCGAUUAACACUUGCCGCGAGCGCGUGAAAGAUUUUAUUACUGUACUAAGCGCGUUCUUCUCGCUUCGGGACACGUUUAGUGCGCUAUUUUCGCAAUGGAUUCCCGCGGCUAAUGCCCAAUAUCACACGCGGCGCGACAUGGAUUCCCGUCAGAGAACCGUCGUCGUUGAAAGGGAGAGUAAUUUUCGCGCCAUUACCCACAAUGGCGUUUGAAGGACUUUCGAGGUCUAUAUACGCGCGCGGCUCGCGCCGUUAUUGCUCUAACGACCUAAUCGAGGUCGAAGUUGUACGAAAAUCGUCUCUCGCGCGAUAUUCGCAACUUUCACAUCUAGGUGUGUGUAAUCGGAAGAGAGAGAGAGAGAGAAAAAAAGACGUUCGUACGCGUCCAGUGCGUAAGAAAGGCCCGGGAAAAGAAGUCCUUCGUGCAAAUUCCAUAUCUGAUCGCGCAUCUGAUUGGAUGUAACACAUACUUAUGUGCGAGAUGUUGCGUUUCACACA